AUGGAUCCAAACAAGAAGCUUAGCUUUAGCGAGGGAUUUGGAUCAUGGGCUAAUAGACCCAUCGACCAGAGGCAAUUCUCAAUGAUGCGUCCACCCAACCUUCCUUUACCCCCAAGUGGUUCAUUUCAAGGGUGGAGACAACAACCCUACUGGAUGAGCCAUGCUGAAGGUAUGGGUGGUGCAAGCAGCAGUAGUGCCAACCAUGGCCAGCUUUCGGAGCCUAAUCCCGGGAUUAAUGCCUUUAAUCCCGGGAUUAAUGCCUUUAAUCCUGGGAUUAAUGCCGGCAUUGCCAACAGGCUCAACAAUAUUAAUACCACUCCUGCUAUUGCAGCAGCUGGUAAUAAUGGUGGAAAAAAUCGAAGCUCUGAUAGUGAUGAUGACCAUUCUAAUGCCAAAGCUAAAACUGUAACUGUGGAUGGUGUUCAGGUUAAACUGGGCAAAAACGCGGACGCUGAGGCCAUGGAUCCAAAAAAGCUCAAACGAAUCAUUUCAAACCGGGCUUCGGCGCAGAAAUCUAGACUGAAGAAACUACAAUAUAUCGCGGAGAUGGAAAGGAAGGCGAAGGCUCUAGAGGCUCAAAUAGCUUUUUUAGCUCCUCAAGUUGAGUUCUACACACACCACAAGCAUUAUCUACAAAUGGAGCAAAAGGCCUUGAACCAACAGAUAGCUGCUUACGCCAAGGACAAGUUAAUGAAAGAUGCUGAAAUCGAAGCGAACAAAAAAGAGGUGGCCAGGCUGAGGGAACUGCAGUUGAGCCAACAGAAGGCCCGCUUGCAGGCCAACGCAAAUGAAAGCAGCAGGUUGAUGAAUUGGGAACAGGCAAGGUUAAUGGAGCAGAUGGCAAAUUCAGGCCUUAUUCAGUCUGGUCGACAGAUGGAACCUUCAAACUCAAGGAAAGAACAAGCUGAAGAAAGAGCAACAGAAGUGAAAGUGCAGAAGCAACUCAAUGUGGCAAAAGAGAAGGAGAAGCAACAAAACCAGCUAGGGCAGGCCUCGAUGGCGGGUCCGGAUCCCGGGCCAGGGCAAACUGAAAAUGCGAGCUCAAGUCAACCCAAGCCAGAGCCGAAGGGGGAUGUUGAUGAUGAUAUGAAGUCAGAGGAUGGUGUGAAGGAGAUGGAAGGUGUGGUGACCUUUAAGACCGAGCCGAACCAGAAGGAGCAUACCUUCAUAUGA